AUGCUCUGGACGGUGGGGCCACCCCUCGGAUACCUCUGGAGACUCUCUGUUGCUGAGGUCACCACACCACUGGCGUUGGCUGGCAUGGUGACGGAACCGCGACCGAGUUUGAACUUUGAAGGGGGGAAGCAAGCAAGCGGGUCGGCGGUAGACGAUAAAAAAGGAAACACACGUACGCCGCCCCUCCAUCCUCCAUCCUCCAUCCUCCUCCUCUUCCUCUUCCACCGCCGCCUCCUCCACCUCCGCUUCUCCAUCCUCUUUCACGCCGCCUCCACCUCCACCUCCUCGCCUCUCCCCUAUGGCCGCCCCGCCGCCGCCGACCUGCUGCUGGACCGCGCUGUCUGGCUCGCAUGCGCUGGUCCCUUCGCACGCCUCCCCUCCGUCGACGCAAAAGUCUAUUACUUCCCAAGAGGCCACGCCGACCAGUGCCGCGGCGCCAACCCUCCGCUCCAUCUGCUCCUCCAAGACGCCAAACAACGCUGCACCGUCAAAUCCAUUGAGCUGCACUACCGCCCCACCACCGAUGAGCCUUACGCGGUGAUUACUCUAGACCAUGACCGAGAGCUCGAGCUGCUCCCCGCGGCCAUCCAACAAGAAGAGCCUACCGAGAUGAGGUACUUUGUCAGGCAUCUCACUGGCACCUCCGACGACCGCUCUCCCAUUUCCGUCACGUCCUGCGCGCUCUCCAUCUUCCCUGCCCUGCCACCCGGCGCACAUGACCAGGUUCUGGAGGCUGCGGAUGUGCACGGCCGCCGCUACACCUUCAACCACUCCCUCCAAGGCGGGAACCACAGGCUGCUCGCCGGCUGGAGCCGUUACUGCGGACAUAAGAGGUACAACGUCAUCCUGGAGAGGAACGCCGUCGUCUUCAUACGCCCCCGCGCGGCAGAAGCACGCUUCAUCAUCGGCUCGCGCCGCGGCCCCGGGCCAAGCCUUGACAUCGCCAGCGACCAAGUCGGCAACGUCGUGCAAGCCACACAGGCCGCGGCGGCGGCGGCGGCGGCGGCGGCGGGAGCCCAGUCCUUCACCGUCAUCUACUACCCGCGCCAGGGCUGGCCGUUCGUCGUGCCGAGGAAGGAGGCGGACGACGGGCUUGCCUUCGACUGGCAGGUCGGGAUGGACGUCCGCAUGCGCGUCCCAGUGGACCCCCAUGAGGUGCCGGAGAGCAGGGAGGAGGACGAGACACCCGACUUCUUCCACGGCGUCAUCAGCCAGGUCAACAACGCCAACUGGUGCAAGCUCCAGGUGGCUUGGGCACCAUCCUCUGUUCCAACUCCAGAUGGAAAUGUGAAUGCUUGGCAGGUAGUGCUAAAGGAGGAGGAGGAGGCACCAUCGAGAAAGCGUGCAACUUCGCCCGCCAUAGCAUUAGACGCACCAUCUUCAUCCCGCCAGAGGAUCAUCUAAGUUGGGUUCCUUGUGACAUUGUUGACUACUGCUACAACAGGCUUAGAAAGCCUUCUUACCACUUGCUUUUUUGGCGGACAUCUUUUUGAUCUAGACGUUGUGCUGAGAUGCUGAUGAAAUUCUUAGUUUCAGUUUGUUA